AGCGUGGUAUCUCGCUUCAGCCCGUCAUUUGGAGCAAGUGCGCAUGCGCUGCCUCCGUCAGCCGAGAUCGGGAAUAUGGCCGCGCGGUCUGUAUGGGCGGUCCGGCGGCUGGUGCAGCGCCUCCUGGCCUCGAAGGCAGCGUCUGAAGGCAGGGGAUGGCCACAUUCUUUCAGCACUGCCACCCAGAGAACUGCUGGUGAGGACUGCAGUUCUGAGGACCCUCCCGAUGAGCUUGGGCCCUCUCUUGCAGAACGAACCUUAAAGCUUAAAGCUGUGAAACUGGAGAAGGAAGUCCAAGACUUAACAAUGAGAUACCAGAGAGCUGUAGCUGAUGGUGAAAACAUAAGGCGCCGAACCCAGAGAUGUGUAGAGGAUGCCAAGAUAUUUGGAAUUCAGAGUUUCUGUAAGGACUUGGUAGAGGUGGCAGACAUUUUGGAGAAGACUACAGAGUACAUUUCUGAAGAAACAGAGCCCGGGGACCAGAAGCUCACUCUGGAGAAGAUCUUCCGAGGGUUAUCACUUUUAGAAGCAAAGCUGAAAAGUGUGUUUGCCAAACAUGGCCUGGAGAAGAUGACACCCAUUGGUGACAAAUAUGACCCUCAUGAGCAUGAACUCAUCUGUCACGUGCCAGCUGGUGUCGGGGUACAGCCUGGCACUGUGGCAUUAGUAAGGCAAGAUGGCUACAAGCUUCAUGGCCGCACCAUUAGACUUGCUCGGGUGGAAGUGGCAGUGGAGUCUCAGAGAAGACUGUGAAUGGCCCACAAGGAACUGCAUAUUCUCCCAGAGUACAGUCACCUGUGUUUCCUUUAUUUAUUAAAUUAGGUUUGUAUUGUACAUGAGGUACUUCAUGUGAUCUGUUUUGGAUUUAGUCAUAUUGGCUUUAUUUCUAAGAUACUCUACUGAUUUAAUGUGACCUGUUUGGUCUCAUCAGAAGUCUUGCCAUUUGGGCAUUUGAACAAUGUGACAAGUGAUCCUAUGGCCUUUGUCCAGAUAUGUUUAAGAAAAUUAUUUUAAAAUUGGUACUCUGAUGACUGUCCAUUGAAAAUCUUUUUAAAAGGUGGAAAUGAAUAGAUGUUUGUGUAUUUUCAACUCAAUGUUUCUUUCUAAUGGUCCCUGUAACAGGAAUUAAUAGGAUCUUGUAUUUCUUGGGAAAAGGAGAUGAUGGGGAUUGGUUCAACAUCCGGGUACUUAGAUGAUAAAGCUUUAGAGUUAAAUGAAGUUAGAUCAUUUGGGUUGAUUUUUAUACACAUAAAUUUUUAAGACUUCCCCUUUUUGUUUUCCUUUUAGCCACCUUUUGUCCGUAUCAUCAUCUCCAGGUAGGCCAUAUUCACACUCAUUGUCCCUUUCCAAUUCCCAUUUACAAGGGCUAAUUAGGGCCCAGGCAAGACUUGAAAGGCGGAGAGUAUCAACAAAUUCAAGAUACCAGGUCCCUUUCAAGCAAAUAUGAUCUAGAAACCUUGUGCUUUCUUUGCUAAGUUACCUUCCAAUUAUUUUCAGCCUCCCUAAUCAUUUCAGGGAAACCAAGGCAGCACUGAUAGCUAAUGACCCAAAUCAGUUUAUGUAGAUAAUUUACCUACAACUUUUCUCUCCACUUCCCUUAAAUCUUCCACUUUGUCAGAUUUGCCUCAUCAUCCUUUAUUAGAUGAUGCAGGGAGAUGGUCAGGACAAAAAUGUUAGGUUCUUACAAUUUUUCAUUUCAUUUAGUUAUGCCGAAUUUUUUUUUAUUUGUACUCACAAAUCACUACCUCUCAUACUGAUAUGCUUUAUUUUCUAGUUUUUGUAUCUGUCUUAUGUCACACAUAUUAACAUCUAGUUGUCUUUUAUGUAUUGACCUAGAAUUAAUGAGCCUGUGUGUUUAUUUUUUUUUUCAGUUCUUACUUAGCUGGUGUUCUUUAAAAGAUUUGCCUAACAAAAUGGGCAAGUGAAUGACCUACCAAUCAGACUUUAUAAAAGAGGUCAGUUAUGGAGAUUUUAAUGUUAGAAGAGGCCUUAGUGAUGAUCUCAUCUCUUUCAGCUUCUUAAGCAUGAAAACAUCUUUUUACGACUGGACUCAAAAAAUGUCUAAAACUAGUAAACUAAAUUUCAGUGAGAACUUGAAUAAGAACAACUAGAUUUUAACUUUAAUCAUUUAAGAUCCAACAGUUCGUUUUUUUUUUUUUUAAGAUCCAGCAGUUCUGUAAUGAACAUGCAAAUAUGUCCCCAGUGGACAAAUAUUGUUAGAUGUCCAGAUUGCAGAGGUUUAGGUUUUUAAGUUACUUAUCCAUGAAGUAAAUCCAUUUCUACUAGAACUUUAUGACCCCAUUCCAUGGAGUGGUAAAGUUACCCUCUUAGACAUCAUAGUUCUAGCACACUCCACAUAUGUAUCAAUAAAGCCAUCCCCCAAUGGGCCCUGCCAUCUCCACCAGAAUUUGACACUUAAAAAACAAAUAUGUGCUUUUAAGAAGCAAACAAAAGACUGGUGGGAAGAUUUGAAAACCAGAACCUCUUUGGGCUUUCCACUAAGUGUGUACUGUAAAUUUAAUGAGCAGUCAGAUUUCACAAUAAGAAUUUGUCUUUUUUUUUUUUUUUGCCUUCAUUCCUUUGAGAUUGACAGAGGUGACAAGAAAAGGAGCCAAUUACAAUUACCUAUGUGUUCUUGAAUUACUAGCUGUCAUUAUCAGUGAGUUUGAACAACCAUAAUUUUAGGUAUGGAAUGUUCUGAGUACUUGAAGAGUUUUCUAAUAUUCCUUACAGCCUUCUGUUUAGCAAGUAGAUUGAGAAUAAUUUUAGGUUCUUUUAUUAUUCAGUAGUUACACAGACUUAAAAGUGUAAAAUUUAGAAGAUGGAGCUAUAAUGGUAAGAAUCUCAAAAACUUAGGCUCUUGGGAGCCAGAGCAGCAUAAUAGAGCAUAGGCUCUGGAGGUAUAGACUUGAACAUAAAUCCCAGCCCUGUCACUGUGUGACAAUGGGCUCCAGUCAUUUCACCCUUCUGAGCCUGCUUCCUUGUUUGUACAAUGAUUAUACUUCCCUCACAGUAUUGUGAGGAUAAAUGAAAUGUGUAAAUUGUCUACUACAAUAGGCCCUCAAAUAUUUAUUUUUAUUACUUUUUCUUACACGUGUUGUUUUGCCUAUUUUUUUUUAUAGCUGCCUAAGGUCUAGGGAAAGACGAAGAAGACUGGUUAAGUGCUGCUUCUCUAUAAAAAUUGUAAUUUAAGCAAUCACAGUGACUUGUUUUCCUUCAAGCUUCUGGUUUUUCUGUGUUUUUUUAACCAUAACGCAAGAAACCCACACUUUCUGGAGGAACAAGAAAAUUGUGUCCAUGCUCUUCAUUAUUUUUAUCUUGACGGUAAAGUGAAAAGACAUCUUAGGAUAUGUAAGGAAGUUUUGGCUCACUUGAAGAGGGGAUCGUGGUGUUUCAGUACAUGGAUUCUAUAAACCUUUUACAGAUUUUCUUCACUGCCAUAAGGGGAUCAGUGUACUGAUAAGUUAAUUGGUGCUCUUUCAUGUCAAAAGGAUCUAAUAAGUGAAAAAGGUUCUUGUACACUAAAGCAAAUCAAAUGGGGAAAACUAAGAAUGAAAUAGAAUAUUCAGAAGCAACUUCAAUAAAACCUGAAUUGACAUAACUGCA